AUGGGGCGAGGAGAAGAGAUCACCAUCACCGACCAACCGGACCCCCUUCUUCAACCAGACGAUGAGGCCGCCAGUAAGAAGAAGAACAAACUGAACAAGAAGAAGAAGGCAGCCAAGGAGAAGAAGGAGCGAAGGAAGAGCCGGGGCGACACCGACGUCGUCAUCUCGCAUCCCGACUACGACAGCUUCCGCGACAUGGCCGACGUCAUCAAGGACCCGCAGGAGCGCGCCUCGAUGCUGGGCGCGCGGCCCGUCGUCGACCCGGCGGCCCAGCUCCCCACGGGGCGGGUCAAGCGCAUGUUCACCAUCAUCGGCCGCAAGGGCGAGCGGCGCAAGGACUCCCUGCCGGGCAGCCACCGCGAGCGCUGGGAGCUGAUCGACCCUGACGCCCUGCGCAAGGCACCCCUCCCCCAAUCACUGGUGACGCAUCGACAUCGGCUUCCUCCGCCGCUCCCGCCGCUUCCGACCCACCUCCAGCGACACCAGUCGACGCCCCUCCAGCGGCGGGUGGCGCCACCCAAGCCGCCCCCCGAGGCGGACCGGCCGUCAGCCACCACUUCGACGACCCGCACCGCGACGUUGCCGGCGGGGGCGGGCGACGAGAUCGUCUUGUGCGUCGCCACCUACAACUUCAAGGCCCAGCAACCCUCCGAGCUCAGCUUCAAUGAAGGGGAUAUUAUUGAGGUGCUGGACCAGAAGAAGAGCGAUUGGUGGAUGGGGCGACUGGACGGCCAGUGCGGCCUCUUCCCCCGCAUCUUCGUCAACCUUUGCACUCCUCCCACUCCUCAGGUACGCUGA